AUGACUAAAGGUGAUGAAGAAAGUAUCAAUUCAAUGAAAGCUUGGGUAAUUGAAUUAAAUCCAUUUAUGGAAACAACUGAUAGAGCUUCAUUUAGUUGGCAACAUAAAACUCUUCUUCGUAUAACUGAAAAAGUACGUCCAGGACCUUGGUCAAUGUUACCAAUUUCAAUUCGACAAUGGAUUAAAAAUAAUGAUAAUAUUUAA